AUGGCGUUCCCGGAGCUGCUAGCGCGUCAGGCGUCAAUCUACUCACUCACGCUCGACGAAUUCCAGGCGACGUUCGCAGGCCCGUCGCACGCCGUCGCAUCCAUGCCCAUGGACGACUUUCUGCGAUCCGAAGAGCUAAUAGGGGGUAUAGCGGCUAUAGGGGGAGAGCCGGGGGAUGGGGAGGAGGCGAAUGGCGGGAUUGGCAGCAGUGCGCGGGGAGAGGGGGAGGGCGGAGCCGGCGGGGGCGAGGGGGAAGGUGGAGGGGGGAAAGGAGGGGGGGAACUCACUGGAACGGACGGGCGGAUGGGGAGCGUGGGGGCAAAUGGCCGCAGUGCUGACGUGGCACAUGAUUCGAAAGCUACAGCCGCGGCAACAGGGUGGGAACUCCACCCACAUGCGGGGGCAGCAGGGCAGGCAGGACAAGCAAAGGUGCCAUUCCUGCAGCAGCACAAGAACCAGCUUCACCCGCAGCAGCAGCAGGGGGGGCAGGGCGGAGGCGAGGGAGGGAGAGGGAGAGGAGGUGGGGGUGGUGGCGGAGAGGGAGGAAGGGGAGGCGAGCAGGCGUUGCAGCAGCAGCAGCAGCAGCAGCAGCAGCAAGCAGUGGUGGAGAUGGCAGCAGCGGCGGUGGCAGAUGCAGGGCACAGCCACGUGGCAUCUGUAUUCGCCGCCACACGCCACGCUGCUGCUGCCGCCGCUGCCCUCAACGCCCUCGGGUCCCUGGGGUCCCUGGGAGCACUGGGGGGGAGCUCACUGGGAGCACUGGGGGGGAACUCCCUGGGAGCGCUGGGCGCGCAAGGAGGGGGGCUGCUGGGGUCACUGGGAGUGCAGGGAGCGAUGGGGGCGAUGGGACCCGCCCCUGCUGGUGGCCUUGCCAUGGGGAUGGGCAUGGGGGGAGGGAUUGGGGGAGGCGUGGGCGGAGGCGUUGGGGGAGGCGUGGGGAUGGGUGGGGGGUUGGUGCCCACUACGUAUGGUGUGGGCGCAGGCAUGGGCGCAGGGAUAGGCGGAGGCAUGGGCGCAGGCAUGGGCGCAGGGAUGAGCGCAGGGAUGGGCGCAGGCAUGGGCGCAGGGGGGUUGGGGGGGCUUGCUGGGGCGAGCAUGGUGUCGGCGGAUGGGGUGGGGGGCGGGGGAGAGAGGUGGGGGGGCAGUGACGGCGGAGGGGGAGGGGGGCAGUCGGAUACAGGCGGGGGGAGUGGGGAUGGGGACACUUUGAGCGGGGGCGUGGGGGGGAGUGCGGGGCGGAGGGGGAGGAAGCGCAGUGGGGAAGGGGGAGGGGCGCCGGUGGAGAGGAGGCAGAAGCGGAUGAUCAAGAAUAGGGAGUCGGCCGCUCGGUCUCGGGCAAGGAAGCAGGCGUAUACAGUAGAGUUAGAGGCGGAGGUGGCACAGUUGAAGGAAGAGAACGAACAGCUGCGCUCCCAGCUGCUGCAGCUGCAGUCACAGUCACACACGCAAAUGCCAGCAGCCAUGCCUACUUCUCUAUCUGCAGCACCACAAACAGCAGUGCCAGCAACGGCAGCAGCAGCAGCAGCAGCAGCGGCGGCAGCAGGCACGCCACUCAGUGCAGCAGCAGCAGCAGCAGCAGCAGCAGCAGCAGCAGCAGCAGCAGCAGCAGCAGCAGGUGGGAAGGGUGGUGCUGGCAGCAAGGCACCGCAACGGUCCAGGUCUGGGCCAUGGUGA